CAAAUGGCAGCGCUGCUGCGUGUGUUCAACGGGUACGGGCCGCGCAGCACCACCAACCUGACCUACUGGGGAGUGGCGGGGUGUGCCAAUAACGACAGCUUGAUUCGAUACAAAGACGCCACCACCGCCAUGGGAUUGGAUUACCUCACCCUAGGGACAUUGCUCAUGCUCGUGCAGGAUAGCGAAAGGGCACUGGUGGAGCACAUUACAGGCAUGGUCAUCAAGUCACCUCUGGGGCUGCCCUCGCCUCGCAAGCCGCACUACAUCGUCAACUUUCUCCCCGGAUACGCCUACGUCGCCGAUCUCGAGGCCUUCAUCGAUUUCUCCGCCAUGGUCUCCCCGUCACUCCUCUCCUCCAUUCUCGGUGGCAACUCCGUCUCGUUGCCGCCUGUCUUUUUCAACGGCGACCUGGGUGUGGGCACUGUGAUCGUGGUGCCUAUAUUCCGCCAUCUCGUCCCCGAGAACGCAACACUGGAGCAGCGGAGGGCGAGUGUGAGUCCCACCGCAUGGGUCGACCUCAGCUAUAUGGGCAACGAGCUGCAAGACGUCCUUCACCUGCUGCAUAACGACAGCAGCGCGAGCUCCUAUUCUAUCGCCCUGUACGACACCACCGACCCGCAGCAGCCCAUUCAGGUGCUUGGCCCUGAUCCAGUCAAGCUGGAGAGUGGGUCCCUCUUCCCGUAUGUGCUGCCCGGCCCUGUCGUGCCUUACCCCAAGCACAUCGAGCGUUUUCCUGAGGACUUGCUCGGCCGCAAAUAUGAGGCGCACUGCAGGUUUGAGGGCCCCUACCCCAGGUGGGACCUGGUUGUUGCUCCCAUGCUGCUGGGAUUGCUGGUGCUUCUGGUGGCUGUGUUAAUUUCCACUGUGAUUUUGGUUCUGGCAUGGAAGCAGCGGCAGAUGGAGGAGGGGGUGAGGGAGAUGCAGCUUUGCACGGCAGCGUUGGAGAGAGCUGAGAAGUCCAAGAGUGAGACCGUGGCCAAUACGUCCCAUGAGCUGCGCACGCCGCUCAUAGGCGUGAUAGGCAUGAUUGAGGAGUUAUUGGAAUCCUCAUUGGAGGAGUGGCAACGUGAGGACCUAAGGGUCGCGAGGGCGUGUGCGGGCGAGACGGUGGAGCUCAUCAACCGAGUGUUGGACCUCGCCAAGCUGCAGGCAGGACGGCUGCAACUCGAGACUCUCCCCUGCUGCCUGCACAGCAUUGUGCACGAGGCAACUUCAGCCACUUCUGCCCCUUCAGCAGUUGAUGAACCGAUAGCACCGGGAAAGAACCUGCAAGUGACAUGCCACGUGGAGGAGAGUGUGCCGGAUGUCCUCAUGGGGGAUCCUACUCGCCUGGCGCAAGUCGUUGGAGAGCUCACAGCCCACGCCACGCGCAACGCUGCUGCUGCUGGCUGUGUGGCCUUCCAAGACAGCUGCAUCCGUCCCCCACUUCUCUUUGAGUCGACUCAGAAAUCGCCACCCCACGCCGUGAGCAACGCUGCUAGUGGCCGGGUGUCCUUCCACGUCUGCUGCAUCCCUCCCCCGCCUCUUUUUGAGUCGACUAAUAACUGUGUCUGUCUGGCUGUCCCCUUAAACCGACUCUCCCAUGCAGCCCACGCUCUGUCUGCUUGUGUGCGCCGCUUCCCACCUUCCACCCAUCUGGCACGCCUGCCUCAGCGCCACAUUGCAAGAGGCAACAGGGGGGGGGCAGGGCAGGCAGGGGGCUCUUCUGAGCCGCCUCACAAGUCGCCCCUCACCCACCUCUCGCGUUUUCGCCGGCGCAUGGGCGCUUCAGGCACAGGGGGUUCAAAGAAAGCAAGCGGGAAGGAGGGCGAGGAGGGGGAGGAGGCACAGGGUGGGAGUGGGCAUGGGCGGUUGGAGGAGGAGGUGAGGGAGUGGGUGGAGGGAGUGUGUGCGGCAAGAGAGGAGGGAGAGUGGAUCGUGGUGAUGUCGUGUGAAGACUCGGGUGGUGGUAUACCACCCGAGGAGCUGCGGUGGGUGCUGGAUCCGUACGGGGACUCGCACCACGCUGCAGCUGCAGCACACUCCUCCUCUCAUGCUCCUGAGGCUGCUGCUGGUUCCGGUGGCGGUGAUGGCUACCAAGAGGAUGACCAAGGCAUCAAGGAUACGUUCUUCCCCCACCUCUUCAGUCGCCGGGGCAGCAGGGCAGCAGCAACUGCCACUCUCACGCACGACCAGAGGUCCGCUGCCCGCCCCCGCUGGACGCCCUACCCCGUCCGCUUCCUGCUCUCCACCGCGCUAGUGGCUGAGAUGAGGGGAGACAUGGCAGUGCUGUCACACGCCGCCACAGGCACCACCAUUCUGCUGGCUCUGCCCAUGGGGGGAGGGGAGGACAGCGGCAGCUUCGAGGAUUGGGGGGGAGAUGAGGAGAGUGGGGGUGAAAGGGAUGGGUGUGGGUCAGGGAGUGACGGGGAGUCUGUGGAAUUUGCGAGUGCUGCAAUGCCAGGCGUGCUGGGAUCUGGUCAGGAGCAGGGACCUGGGCAGGAGCAGGAACGUGGGCAGGAGCAGGGACCUGGGCAGGAGCAGGCAAGCCUGCAGCAGUAUCCAUCUGUGCAGCAGCAGCAGCAGCAGCAGCAGCCCCAGCAAGCAUCUGUGCAGCAGCAGGAACCUGGGCAGCAGCAGGCACCUGGGCAGCAGCAGGCACCUGGGCAGCAGCGGGCAGCACGGGCGCGCUCUCACCCCAAGCCACCAACUGGCAUGUUCGAAUCCGUAAAGCGUACAGGAGAGGCGGACAGGGUAUCGCCAGCAGUGGCGGCAGCGCCACCAGAGGAGGGGGUGUUUCCACCACGGUCGCAUUCGCUCCCGAAACCCCGCUCCCACAGGGACGGCAUGGGAGACGCUGAGGGGGGGCAGGUUCGUGCAGGGGCGGCGUGUGAAACUGUAUCAGGCCGGCAGAUAACGCGAGCACAAUCUCUCCAACAGCUGCACAAGCUGCACACGGAGCGUGCAGCAGGGGAGGCGGAGGGGUUGGUGAGAGCAGCAGUGGCGGGGCGGGGCGUGGCGGUGGUGGAUGACAACGCGGUGAACCGCAUGGUGGCAAGGAGAACGCUGCAGGGCUACGGGGCGAAUGUGCUGCUGCUCCCCUCCGGGGAGGAGGCGCUGCAGGCGCUCUCUGAUGCUGCGUCCUCCCCGCCCAUCCAGCUGUUGCUGCUCGACCUCCACAUGCCGCCCGGCAUCGACGGAUUUGAGACGGCUCGUCAGAUCCGAGCAAUGGAGAGGGCACAGUGUAGCAAGAGCAGCAGCAAGGCAGCCCAGAUGCCAGAGGGAGACAAUGCUGCCACUGAUGCAGCAGCAGCAGCAACAGCAGCAGCAGAAACAGCAGCAGUGGCAGCAGCAUGUGCAACUGAUGCAACCACUCACGAGCGCCUUUGUAUCAUAGCAUUGACAGCUGACUUGGAUGUAGGCGUGAAGCGAGCGUGCUUGGAGGCCGGGAUGGAUGGGGCAGUGAGGAAGCCGAUUGUGGCUCAGGAGCUGCUCUCAGCGCUCAUAACAGCCGGCGUGGCACUGGCUGCUGGCUUGGAUGUGGGAGUGCAGCAAGCAUGCUUAGAGGCAGGGAUGGACGGGGCGAUGAGUGGUGAUGAGUGGGUGCUGUUGGGAGAGCAGUGGAGUGGGCCUUUGCUGGGGGUGUUUGUCUGGUAUGACAAUCAGGUGGUGCUGUUUGUGUCACUUAGUGAGUGCUCGAAAGUGACACAACCAGGACCCUUGCCGGGAGUGUUUUCGUUCUGGUAUGACAGCAACGACCUGGUUACCACAUGA